AUGACCGGACGACUUCCAGCUUGUGUGAUCGAUGUAGGAACUGGCUACACAAAACUCGGCUUUGCGGCGAACAAGGAACCACAAUUUAUCAUCCCAUCCGCUAUUGCGAUCAAAGAGUCGGCCAAAGUGGGCGAUCAGAGCGCCCGCCGUGUAACCAAGGGAGUGGAAGACUUGGACUUCUAUAUCGGCGAUGAAGCGUUCGAUGCGACCGGAUACUCUGUAAAGUACCCGGUUCGCCAUGGCUUGGUCGAAGACUGGGACCUGAUGGAACGAUUUCUGGAGCAAUGUAUUUUCAAGUACCUUCGCGCAGAACCGGAAGAUCACCAUUUUCUGCUAACAGAGCCUCCGCUGAACACGCCGGAAAACCGUGAAUACACUGCCGAAAUCAUGUUCGAAACAUUUAACGUGCCGGGGUUGUACAUCGCUGUGCAGGCCGUACUAGCUCUGGCUGCCAGCUGGGCAUCCCGCCCAGUAGAGGAACGUACAUUAACCGGCAUCGUAGUGGACAGUGGAGAUGGUGUGACACACGUUAUUCCCGUGGCGGAAGGAUACGUGAUCGGUUCAUGCAUUAAGCACAUUCCUAUUGCGGGUCGCAACAUUACCUCGUUCAUUCAGAGCUUGCUGCGUGAGCGUGAGGUAGGUAUUCCGCCCGAGCAGAGUUUGGAGACGGCCAAAGCGAUCAAGGAGCGAUACAGCUACAUCUGUCCGGACAUUGCAAAAGAGUUUGCAAAGUACGACGCGGAGCCAACCAAGUGGAUGCGCCACUACGAGGGCAUCAAUGCCAUUACGAAGCAACCUUUCGGUGUGGACGUCGGUUAUGAGCGUUUCUUGGGGCCGGAAAUUUUCUUCCAUCCCGAGUUUUCGAAUCCGGACUUUACGACACCGCUAUCGGAGAUCGUGGACACGGUCAUACAAAACUGCCCGAUUGAUGUGCGAAGACCGCUGUAUAACAAUAUCGUGCUGAGUGGUGGAUCUACCAUGUUCCGAGAUUUCGGACGUCGCUUGCAGCGCGAUAUUAAGCGCAGCGUUGAUGCCCGGCUGAGAAUUAGUGAAAAUCUUAGUGAAGGAAGAAUAAAGCCAAAACCUAUCGAUGUGUCGGUCAUAUCCCAUCACAUGCAGCGAUAUGCCGUAUGGUUCGGGGGCAGUAUGCUAGCCUCUACGCCUGAAUUUUAUCAAGUGUGUCACACGAAAGCUGCCUACGAAGAGUAUGGACCUGGUAUAUGCCGUCACAAUCCAGUGUUCGGAACCAUGACAUAG